AUGCUCAAACGCAGUGUAACGAGGGCAUACCGAAUCUUUUCAAGGAAUUCGGCAACGUAUGCUGAACGCAAAACUGGACUGAAUUACGAAUUUGAUAAAGAAGACCGUAAUCUACGUCAUGAAAUACACGCAUUCACGAAAGAAGUUGUCAUUCCACUUGCGCCAUUCUACGAUCAAACCAGUCAGUUCCCAUUGCGUGUUAUAGAAGCAGCACAUGAAGCCGGCAUCCUUAACGCCAGCAUUCCCCGCGAAUACGGAGGAAAAAAUUUCGAUCUGAUGGAAAAGGUUCUGAUCAGCGAGGAGAUUGCGUAUGGCUGUGCUGCUAUGGCCAGUGCUAUAGCGAUUAAUGAUUUCGCUGAAACACCUCUGAUAAUUGCUGGGAGUGAGGCACUCAAACGAAAAUUCCUUGGUCGAAUGACCGAAGAACCUCUCGUUGCUGCAUACGCCGUCACUGAAGCAGAUGCUGGUUCGGACGUGGCUGGAAUACAAAUGAAAUGUGAAAAGAAAGGAAAUGAAUAUGUUUUGAAUGGUACGAAAACAUGGGUGAAUAACGCUGGUCCAGCUAGUUGGUUCUACGUUUUAUGCAGAUCUGAUCCAGAUCCGCAAACUCCAAUCUCGAAAGCGUUCACUGCAUUUGUGGUUGAUGGAGAUACGCACGGUGUGUCUAAAGGAUCGAAGGAAUUAACAAUGGGAGUAAGAGCGUGUGACAUUCGGACGGUGAAUUUUGAAGAGGUACGUGUGCCUGAAGAGAAUGUGGUUGGUAAACCAGGAGACGGAUUUGUGAUUACGAUGAAAAUGUUUGAUAAAACAAGGGCAGAGGUCGCAGCGAUUGCGACGGGGCUAAUAUCACGCUGUGUUGAUGAAGCUGGUAAAUAUGCCCUUGAAAGGAAAACAUUUGGUGUUCCGAUUGCUGACCAUCAGGCAGUGAAAGCGAUGUUAGCUGAUAUGGCAAUAGAUCUUGAAUUGGCCCGUCUGAUCACCUAUCGCAGUGCAUGGGAAUGGAUGACAGGACGUCCUCGAGGAUACUUCUCAUCAAUCGCUAAAUGCUUCUGUGCCGAUGUUGCAAAUACUGUUGCUGCGAACAGUGUGCAGAUAUUUGGCGGAAAUGGUUUCAAUCAGAGUUAUCCAAUGGAGAAGUUACUGCGUGAUUCAAAAGCACUGCAAAUUUUCGAAGGAACGAGUCAGAUUCAACGAACUAUCAUUGCUAGGGAUCUACUGAGACGUUUCAAGGAUACGACCACUUUUGUCAUCGAUACAUAA